CUGUGGGUUGUCGCCCGCAGAACGUGACUGAGGAGCCCCGGGGAGGGACUCGGGCAUUCCUUGGGCUUGGCUUGGUGCCUGCCCUUCGCCUCCCUUCUCGCUGUUUCGGUGGAGGGAGAACAUCUUUGGUCCUGUAGUUUUGCUGACACAGUCAUUUUUCUAAGUGAUCUUGAACAGCCUAUUUCUUAUAUAAAUAGUUGGCUAGGCUUCAUAUUUUUCACUACAGAAGCCUAAAACCUUUGGUUGCCAGAGAUUUAAAAACACUACUCUUAGCAUACAUCUACAUUUAACCUGAGAGCUCUUCGCUUCUUAGUCCAAAAUGUUGAGGUAUUGGGGAGAGAUACCAAUCUCAUCAAGCCAAACCAAUAGAAGUUCCUUUGAUUUGCUCCCACGGGAGUUCCGUCUGGUGGAAGUCCAUGACCCCCCCUUGCACCAGCCUUCAGCCAACAAGCCCAGGCCCCCCACUAUGCUGGACAUCCCCUCAGAGCCUUGCAGCCUCACCAUCCAUACUAUUCAGCUGAUCCAGCACAACCGACGUCUGCGCAACCUCAUUGCCACAGCUCAGGCCCAGAAUCAGCAGCAGACAGAAGGUGUAAAGACUGAAGAGAGUGAACCCCUUCCUGCCUGCCCUGGAUCACCUCCUCUCCCUGAUGACCUCCUGCCUUUAGAUUGCAAGAAUCUCAAUGCACCGUUCCAGAUCCGGCACAGUGACCCAGAGAGUGACUUCUACCGUGGGAAAGGGGAGCCUGUAACUGAACUCAGCUGGCACUCCUGUCGACAGCUUCUCUACCAGGCAGUGGCCACAAUCCUGGCCCACGCCGGCUUUGAGAGUGCUAAUGAAAGUGUCCUGGAGACCCUAACUGAUGUGGCACACGAGUAUUGCCUUAAGUUCACCAAGUUGCUGCGCUUUGCUGCGGAUCGAGAGGCCCGACUGGGGCAGACUCCUUUCCCUGACAUUAUGGAGCAGGUAUUCCAUGAAGUGGGCAUUGGCAGUGUGCUUUCCCUCCAGAAGUUCUGGCAGCACCGCAUCAAGGACUAUCACAGUUACAUGCUACAGAUUAGUAAACAACUCUCCGAAGAGUACGAAAGGAUUGUCAAUCCUGAGAAGGCCACAGAGGACACCAAACCUGUAAAGAUCAAGGAGGAACCUGUGAGCGACAUCACUUUCCCUGUCAGCGAGGAGCUGGAGGCAGACCUUGCUUCUGGAGACCAGUCACUGCCCAUGGGGGUCCUUGGGGCUCAGAGUGAGCGUUUCCCAUCUAACCUGGAGGUUGAAGCUUCACCACAGGCUUCAAGUAAGAGAGAUCAACUUACUCACUUUGAUUGUGGGAGAUCUGCUGAUCUCAGUACUUUGUGCUUUUUGAAAUCAAGCCCUAGAGGUGAGAGAACAAAAGUUGGGUGGGCAGGGGAAUGAAAGUCUUGAACCAAAGAUAGCCACACUCAUCUAGAGAUACCAACCUUCUUCUCUGUAAUUGGUGGAAGAGAGGACUAGCACAGCUUUACAAGCAUGCUUUAAAAUAAUUCCUAGUAAGGAUGG